UCACAAAAUGAGUAACAUCUACGAGUCUGCUGCCACCACGCUGGGCCUCUUCAACAGCCCAUGUCUGACAAAAGUAGAGCUCCGUGUGGCCUGUAAAGGAAUAUCUGAUAGAGAUGCUCUGUCCAAACCUGACCCCUGCGGCAUCCUCAAGAUGCAGUCCCACGGACAGUGGUUCGAGGUGGACCGGACAGAGGUGAUUCGCAGCAGCAUCAGUCCGGUUUUCUCCAAAGUCUUCACCGUGGACUACUAUUUUGAGGAAGUGCAGCGCCUCCGUUUUGAGCUUCAUGACAUCAGUAGCAACCAUAAUGGACUCAAAGAGGCUGACUUCCUGGGCGCCAUGGAGUGCACACUCGGACAGAUUGUAUCACAGAGAAAACUGUCCAAAGCUUUACUGAAGCAAGGAAACACAGCUGGCAAAUCAUCUAUCACAGUCACAGCUGAAGAGCUGUCUGGGAAUGAUGAUUACGUGGAGCUCGCCUUCAGUGCCAAGAAACUGGAUGACAAGGACUUUUUUAGCAAGUCAGAUCCAUUCCUGGAAAUCUUCAGAGUGAAUGAUGAUGGCACAGCAUCACUGGUGCACAGAACAGAGACCAUUAUGAACAAUCUGAGUCCUGUCUGGAAAUCAUUCAAAGUUUCUUUAAAUACACUCUGCAGUGGAGACCAUGAGCGGGAGUUAAAGUGUACAGUAUGGGACUGGGAUUCAAAUGGCAAGCACGACUUUAUAGGAGAAUUUCAAACCACCUUCAAGGAGAUGAAGGCGGCGAUGGAUGGGAAGCAGGCAUCAUCACAAGAGAAACUACAAACUGAUCUUGGCCAAAAGAUCCAGUGGGAGUGUAUUAAUCCUAAGUACCAGGUGAAGAAGAAGAAUUACAGAAAUUCUGGAAUGGUCAUUCUUACCAUGUGCAAGAUCAUAAAGAUGCACUCUUUCCUGGAUUACAUCAUGGGAGGAUGUCAGAUUCAGUUCACAGUGGCUAUUGAUUUCACUGCCUCAAAUGGUGACCCUCGAAACAGCUGCUCCCUCCACUACAUCCACCCUUACCAGCCCAAUGAGUACCUCAAAGCCCUGAUAGCGGUUGGGGAGAUCUGCCAGGACUAUGAUAGCGACAAAAUGUUUCCUGCUUUUGGCUUCGGAGCCCAAAUCCCACCAGACUUCAAAGUUUCUCAUGAUUUUGCUGUGAAUUUUGAUGAGGACAACCCAGAAUGUGCUGGUAUACAAGGUGUUGUUGAGGCUUAUCAGAACUGCCUCCCGAAAAUCCAGUUGUACGGUCCCACUAAUAUUGCUCCCAUCAUCCAGAAAGUUGCCAACUCUGCCUCUGAGGAGAUGCAUACCAAAGAGGCCAUGGAAUACUUUAUUCUGCUAAUCCUGACGGAUGGAGUGAUCACAGAUAUGGCGGACACACGAGAGGCCAUUGUUCACGCAUCCCACCUGCCCAUGUCCGUCAUCAUUGUGGGCAUAGGCAACGCAGAUUUCAGCGACAUGCAGAUGCUGGACGGGGAUGAUGGAAUCCUCCGCUCUCCUAAAGGAGAACCCGUCCUGAGGGACAUCGUGCAAUUUGUGCCCUUCCACCACUUCAAACAUGCCUCUCCUGCAGCGCUGGCUAAAAGUGUUCUGGCUGAGGUUCCCAAUCAAGUGGUGGAUUACUACAAUGGAAAAGGCAUCAAGCCCAAAUGCCUGUCGGACUUUGAGUCUUCCAGAGCGUUCAGUCCCUGAGCUACGCACAGCCAUAUUCGUCUCAACUUCAAGAUAUCUUCAUUGAUCAUUUCAGAGCUUGCUGCAUCAGAUUAAGAAUCGACAAGCAUCCUUGUUGUUGUUGUUUAGUUUUUUCCUCAUAGGUUUCCAAUAGCAUUGGGCAAAGAUGUCCUUAGCUGUCCAUAUUUUCUUUUAUGCAGUUGUUAGUUAUAUUAACGGUGCACUCAGUCAUUUUUUGUUUUGGUUUCCCCGGCUUAUAUUUCAGUUGUCUUGGAAGAGUUGUAUUCAGUCAUAUGAUCUCAACAUGGCCAACAUUUCGAAAAAGUAUUAUUAAUUAUGUAUAAAAGGAUUUAAUGUUGAUGAAAUCACCGAAUCUAACUUCUAACAUAACAAUGGGAAAGAUUAAUUUCAUUGCAAUCAAACCAAUCUGCCAGCACUUUUCAAUGAGCCGUCACCUACUCUGUGUAAUUAGAAGGAAAGCCGAAAGAAUGAAACAUUCUACCUGACUGUCUUCCUUUUUUUUGUUCAUUAGUGUUGGCAUUUGUUACCUUAUUACUGUUAUUUUUGGUGGACCUGCUAUACAAGGGCUAUAUAGUCCAAUAUAGCACAGUAUUCCGAUGCAUAAUAGUUUAGGAGGCAAGUGAUUAUUAGUUAUUGGCCAGUGCAUGACCAAUGCUCAGUUAGUAAACACUGUUAGUCCUUUAUAAUCCAAAAUGCAACAAUUGUAUUGCUUUAUUCAAUUUACCUGCAAAAAGUUUGUGGUCGGUAGGAUUUUAAUGUUUUUUUUUAUGCUCACAGAGGCUUGCUUGCUUACCCACCUCAAACUUUUAUACAGUAGUGUAUUUAUUUUAAAACUUAUUUUUAAUGUGAGGCCUUUAUGACUUAUAAUUGUUACAUACAAUUAAGUGUAUUGUAUAGCUCCAUAAACAAAUACACACAGUAUGUAUUUGAAAGCAUGUGGAAUGGAUACUUCCAGUAUUUAGGCAUUCAUUGUUUUUGUUCUUUUCUACAGGUUUCUUGACAUUUGUUUUGCAGAAUUUCUUUAUAUAAUCUAAUAUUAUAAAGUUAUUUCAGACGUUUGGAAAUAGUAAUUGCGUAUUUCUGGUGCUGUAUUUGACAGAUUUCUCUUUUCCUUUUAUGCAUUUCUUUCCUUCUUUCUUCUGUUUGGAGCGUGUGUGUAUGUAUGCUUGCUCACUACUGAAACCAGGACUGUAUUUUGCAUGUUGCCAAUAAUUAAAAAG